UGACACUACUCAGCUGCAGACAUGAACAACCAAGGCGUGACUUAUGCGGAACUCCAUCAUGCUAAGGGCUCAAAAAGACAGCAAGUGCAACCUAAGGGCACGAAAAGUUCCAUUUCAGUAACUGAGGAGGAGAUAACCUAUGCAGAAUUGAAUCUUCAAAAUGCUUCUCGGGACCUUCAAGGGAAUGGCAAGAAUUCUCCCUGCAAAGAGAAGCUCAUUGCCGGUAUCUUGGGAAUCCUCUGCCUCGUCUUGAUGUCCACUGUGGUAACAAUAGCUGUUAUCCCCUCUACUGAAGGACCAGCGCAGAACAAAACAUCCCUGGAAACGACAAUCCAGAAAGAGUGGUUUACGUAUUCCAACAAUUGCUAUUACAUUAGCACUGAGAGAAAAUCAUGGAAGGAGAGUUUGACGUCCUGUACUUCUAAGAACUCUAACCUGCUCUACUAUGAUGAUGAAGAGGACAAGUUUUUGUUGAAUUUACUCUAUGCUACUACAUGGAUUAGAGGCUCCCAGAGAAGAAAUCAUAGUUCAUCUGUGCAGCCAAAGGCCGUAACAUUUUCUUCUAACAUGUUGUCAGCAUCUUCAGAGAGUGACAAGAAGUGUCCAUAUUUAAAUUUUCAAGUAAAAAUGUAUUAUGCACCCUGCUCAGUAAAAAGACCAUAUGUUUGUAAGCACCAGGCAUUCUAGUUAUUUCACUUUGGUAUAAUGUUAUUUCACCUUUUAAAAAGAAUACAUCUCUCAUUAUUUCAAAAGCCAUAUGAUUAUUUAUUCUGCAUCUUUUUGAGAUAAUGUUUUUUAGUGUAAUUUUAGUUUCCCAACAAAAUUAAGAAGAAGCUCCUGAGAGUUCCUGGAUUGUCCCUGUGUGCACAUGUGCAUGGCCUCUCCCAUUAUCAACAUCACUCACUAGAAUGUUUCAUUUCUUACCAAGGAUGAAUCCACAUCAACGCAUAUAUAUCACCCAAAGUCCAAAGAGUAC